AUGUCUAUUUCCAACUCCAAUAAUAAUCUCGCUUUAAAUGAGUUUAAUCCGAGGAGGUGCGCUGCAUGCAAAUAUCUAAGAAGGCGGUGCUCCGAAGACUGCGUUCUCGCUCCGUACUUCCCCCCGUCCCUCCCUGAAAGAUUCACCUGCGUCCAUAGGAUCUUUGGCGCCAGCAAUGUCGCAAGAAUGCUCCAACAAUUGCCAGCUCACCAGCGAGCUCAAGCGGCCGACACCCUCUCGUUGGAGGCCUAUUGGCGGGUGCGCGACCCGGUCUACGGGAGCGUCGGGAUCAUCAACCUUCUGCAGCAGGAGAUCUACGGGAACCAACACGAGCUCGCGAGAACCCAAGCCCAGAUUGCAAUGUACAGAGCUCAACACGACCACCACCACCACCACCACCACCAACAGCAACAGCAACAACAACAAGAACAGCGGGAGACCGCCGACGGAGCCCACGAGCCCGUCGAGCCCACCCCAUUUCUUGGGCCCCCACAGCAGGAUAAUUGUGCCCUAGAGAGAACAUUUCUUGAAUCCAACCAUUUUCCAGAUUUUUUCUGAAAAAAUAAAAUUUGCCACAACCUAAAUCAAUAAGUCCAAGGGAAAGGGAAGGAAAAGGGAUUGUUAAAUUCUUUUUAAUUCGUUGCAAUAAUAAGUCAAUAAAGAGGAAGGAUUUAUUCCGUAGUUUUUUGCUUCCGCUUCUUCUUCUUAUAAAAUAUCAAUAGAACAGCUAAUUGAAACAGAUUUCACUUACAUUUUAGAGAAAAAAAAAAAAGAAAGAAAGAAACUGAUUCAUUUCAUAUAGCUCUGUUUAAACCAAUUUUUUAUUGUCCAUGACCACAUUAGAGAUACAAUCUUUCGCGCAAUUUAGUAUAAGAGUAAACAAUAUCUAUCUAAAAAGAGGAGAACGUGCUAAAUCCGUCUAAACUUUUGCACAAUUUGAGAUCAUCAUUUAAAUUUUGAAGAUACCAGAAAAUCACCUGAACUAUCUUUUUAUAUAUAUAUAUAUAUAUAUAAAACUCCUUUGAAGGUUUUUUUUUUUUUAUAAAUACGAAGCUAUCGUGAUAU